AAGGAGGAGAUUCCGGAACUAGAUGUAAAAGUCCUUUCUGCCUGGAGCUUUCCGGACCCAAUUAGAUGUUGGACCCGGUCUGGUUACCCUGGUAACAGGUGUCGCUGUUUGUCAAGGAACCGAGAGAGGAGACACAGGUGCUGACUUCACCCAAACAAGACCUGUUCUUCCUUCUCCAAAAGAAGAAAUGAAUCACUACACAGACCUUUUUCCCCUUAAGUCAUAUCUUUCCACAGACUUAAGAGGCCUAUUCACCUCAAUCAUGGAGUCUUCCUCAAAGGGUCUGCUCACCCAAGUUACUCAGUUCUGGAACCUCCUAGACGAUCUGGCUGAAAGCAACCCUGAGGGCUACGAGAAGUUUAUUCAACAGCAGCUGAAAGAAGGGGAACAGCUCUGUGCCACCCCAGAACCAUGGCUCUGUCUACAAACCAGGAUCCUGAAACCAAAGGAAAAAAUACUUUUCAUCAACCUGUGUCAGUGGAAAAGGAUCCCAGCUCCCCAGUCAAACACUCAUCCAGUACCUCUAAGUAUUGGCAGACCAGAAGAUAGGUCUGAGACAUCAGAUGUUUAUACAGUCAUCGAUGUGGCCUACAAUCCUGAUGUUCUCCAGGCAGCAGAAAAGGACCAAGUGAAAAAAGAUCAAUUAAUACAGAUGGCCAUGAAAUGCAUUGAGGAAAAACUCCAAUUCACUCUCUCACACUCGUACAGCAUUACUAACUUUAGAAUAAAAGGAAGCAUUCAAAGGAUGAAACAAAAUCUGUUGAGAAUGCAAACUGACCCCACAGAUUUAAGAGAGAAAAUGAAAAAGGAACUAACCCUUGAACAGAUAAGUAGUACUGUGAGCAACCCAGAUGACUUCCAACUUUUAUUGCCAAAAGAUGAAGUUUCAAGCAAAACAAGGUGUCUGAUAGAGGAGAUUUCCAGUACAGAGAGCCAGGUAGAGAUGAAAGAACCAGCCUAUGAAUUAAAAAUUGUGGCUGAUCAGAAUGAGAAACCUCUGAAAAUUGAAAUGAAAGUUGAAUUACCUGGUAUUAAUUCCGCAUCUCUCUGUGACCUUAGUGUUUCUGAGGAUGACUUAUUGAUUGAGGUCCCUGAGAAGUACAGAUUACAUCUGAAUCUUCCACAAUCUGUGGAUACUGAAAUGACUACAGCAAAAUUUAUCAAAGAGAAAGCUACAUUAAUCAUCAUAAUGCCACUGGUAUAAGUCAAGAGCAUCAUCUGCUUUUGGGUUUUCAGUGCUACAGGCAUGUGAAGGAUAGGACCUUCACUAUGGGUGAAGAGGUAGUGGUUUAUCUUCAAUACUGGUUUCAUGUUUCCUAAGAGUUCUUUUGGAUGAAAUGAGAUUUUCUCAUCAACAUGUUUAUACUUUUUUUCUUUUUUAACUCCCCUCACACUUGGCUAGAAGCAGAAACUAUUAAAACAGUAUUGCUAUA